UGCAAUCAGACCUGCGGGAAGAUGCUCAGCUGUGGACAGCACGUCUGUAUCCUCGCAUGCUGUGACGAUCCGCUGCACCUCUGCCCGGAGCCCUGCGGCAGGCAGCUGCCCUGCGGCCUUCACUUCUGCGAGGACCGGUGCCACAAGGGCAAGUGUCGCAAGUGCUCGCAGUGGGUGUAUACGUCUCUUGUCUGUGCGUGUGGUUCAACUUCUGUCAAGCCUCCACGCAAAUGCGGGGACAAGUCGCUUCCUCUCUGCUCAAACAUCUGCCGUGUCCCUCCUCCCUGCGGACACCAGCCCAUCAUCCCUCACAGUUGCCAUCCACGCAGCAUUCCCUGUCCUCCUUGCAUAGUAAUCUGUGACAAAACUCUUCGGUGUGGAAAGCAUCGAUGCUCGUUGCCC